GGAUCGCUAAAAUGUCGUAUAGUGUUUUGGUAUAUUUCUCGUAAUAAAAGCAAUCAAUUUUAUUAUUUUACUCAUGAUUUAAGAAUAAAACCUAAGACUCUCUAAGUUAAAAAUUGGACGCUACUCCAAACAUAUAAAGCAGCCAUGAACACUGCAGCUCCCACUUCUGCGGAUGCUUGCUUGAGCAUUGUGCACUCUCUGAUGUGCCACAGACAAGGUGGGGAGAGUGAGAGUUUUUCCAAACGGGCCAUAGAAUCGCUAGUCAAGAAAUUGAAGGAGAAAAGAGAUGAAUUAGACUCACUGAUAACAGCAAUAACAACAAAUGGGGCUCAUCCAAGUAAAUGUGUGACGAUACAACGGACCUUAGAUGGCCGGUUGCAGGUUGCCGGACGCAAGGGCUUUCCACAUGUGAUCUACGCCCGGAUAUGGCGCUGGCCGGAUCUGCACAAGAAUGAGUUGAAACAUGUGAAGUUUUGUCAGUUUGCCUUUGACUUAAAAUGUGACUCCGUCUGUGUCAAUCCCUACCAUUAUGAAAGGGUAGUGUCUCCAGGGAUUGAUUUAUCAGGACUAACCCUACAGCCGGGGUCGAGUCGGUUAGUCAAAGAUGAGUACACGGCAGGCCUUAGCGGAAAUGGCAUGGACAUGGACACAGGAGAGCUGGUGACAAUCCAACACCAUGCCACCAGCCCCAGACACCACCACACCACCCUCCCACACCAUCAUCAGCAGUUCCAAACAACUAACAUUAUAAUUAAUCAAGGACAAACGCCAGAUGGCGUUCCGAACAUGUUUACACCUGGGCAUGGGCCUCGGCCCACAAUAAGGGCCGGCGCGCCGCAACUCACCCCUACGCAAAUGCACUCGCCGGCAGCUCAAAUGUUACCCAACCACAUGCCCGGACCGCCGAUGGGCCCCGGUACGCCGCAGAUGGGGCCCGGAACACCGCAGAUGGGGCCGGGUACACCGCAGAUGGGGCCGGGUACACCGCAAAUGGGGCCGGGUACACCGCAAAUGGGGCAAGGUACACCGCAGAUGGGGACUAACGUGCCGCAGAUGGCCUCGCCAAGAUUGGCGUCAGCUCCCAACCAGAUGUCACCGGGCACGCCUCAAAUGCCGAAUAUUAGCCAGGGAAUGUCCAUACAGAAUCCUCAGCAGAUGGCUAUGGCGCAGCAGAGAACUGUGGCCCCAAAACUAGAGCCCCCGGACACAAUGGAUGCCCGAGCCAUGUGGCUCCCUAAGAGAAUGAAUCAUUCUUCUCUCCCAGUGUCAAUGUCCCCAGGAGGUACAACCCCGUUAAUAGAUGGGUCCAACAACACUUUCUUUACGUCCGAGCAAACUACCACAGAAACGCAACUGACACAAACAUUGCCUGCGGGCUCCGUCCCCGUGUCGUCAGUGUCGUCAGUGGCGACGUCGGCACCGGUGGUGAUGUCCCCGGAGCCGCAGCAGAACGGGUUCAGUGCGGGCAGCCCCGCCCCCCAGCCUAGCCCCGUGCCGCACCGCACGCAGCACCAGCAGGGCACAUGGACGGGCAACAACACGUUGACGUAUACGCAGAGUUUAGUCCCGCCCACCGCCGCGCCGCUGCCAGACGCGCCCGCCAUACAUCACCACUAUUACAACGGCAACCCCGGCGGUCUACUGUCGAGUCAACCGGCGCCGGAGUACUGGUGUUCGGUGGCGUAUUUCGAGCUGGACACGCAGGUCGGGGAGACGUUCAAGGUGCCGUCCAGCAGACCCAACGUUACCGUGGAUGGAUACGUGGAUCCAUCGGGUGGCAAUCGCUUCUGCUUAGGAGCGCUAAGUAACGUGCACAGAACAGAACAAAGCGAACGAGCAAGGCUACAUAUCGGCAAAGGCGUGCAGCUAGACCUCCGGGGUGAAGGCGACGUAUGGCUUCGCUGUCUGUCCGAUCACAGCGUGUUCGUACAGAGCUACUACCUCGAUCGAGAGGCGGGCCGCGCGCCCGGCGACGCCGUGCACAAGAUAUACCCGUCCGCCUGCAUCAAGGUGUUCGACCUGCGGCAGUGUCACCGUCAGAUGCAGACGCAGGCGGCGACGGCGCAGGCGGCGGCGGCGGCGCAGGCGGCAGCAGUCGCCGGACAUAUACAGCCGCAGCAUCCGGGGAUGAAUAAGUGUCUAUCAGCAGCAGCGGGCAUCGGCGUGGACGACCUGCGGCGGCUAUGCAUCGUGCGGCUGUCGUUCGUGAAGGGCUGGGGGCCGGACUACCCGCGCACCUCCAUCAAGGAGACGCCCUGCUGGGUCGAGGUGCACCUGCACAGAGCCCUGCAGCUGCUGGACGAGGUGCUGCACACGAUGCCGAUCGACGGGCCGCGGUCGAACAUCGAGUAGGAGUUGAUCGGCUUCUUUUGAGGCCUCGCAGCUACCGCCCGCCAAGCAGCGCGCAGCACUCGACAGCAUAUGUGUGGUUAGGACGUAGGGGUGGUGAUGUUUCUCAAUUUUUUUUAUUUAUUACUAGCUUUUGCUCGCGGCUUCGCCCGAGUGGAAUUCUCGGAACGAAUUCGCCAAAUUGGUUCAGACUUCAGGGGCUGUACCACGAAACCGUGUUGAGACUCAAACAAUCGAACGAGAAUGCCGCGUCCUUCUCUACGUCGUACAAACGUGAAGUGACGCUGUUAGAG